AUGUCUUUGAAUGACUUUCUGAGUAAGAACUACGGAUCGAGCAAACCGAGCAAAGAGAAGCGGAAGAAGUUAGCGGUUUCGAAGACUCCAGGGCUCGACAUUGUGGAUGCCUCUGCUGCCAACGAUAUUCUACUCACCCGUAAUGUCGAACAACUGGCUAAUCCUAAGGCUCAAUCUGAUAUGUCAAAUCAAAAGCAGAAGAAAAAACUGUGGAAAAACCUCAGCACAAACGAAUUAAGCGUUUGGCAACCUGUUGAAGUGAGCACAGAGAGUAGCAGACAUACGUCGCAGUCGAGCACCCCGGUGGGAUUGCAGUCAGCUGCUGAUGUGAGAAUACAAAUGGAGGAGCAAGAGCAGAAUGAUAGAGCAGUCGUGGCUGCGGAACGUGGAAGUGGCCAAACUGUUUACAGAGAUAACCAAGGUCGAAAAAUCAACAAUUAUCAAGAAGCUUUCGCGUCCGAGAAAGAAAACGAAAAAUUGCGACAGAGUUUAUGGCAGAAGGAGCUUCAAGACCUAAACUUGGGCGAAGUGCAAAAACACAGUGCGCUGAACCUCGGGAAUAAAAAAGCUGACGGUGGCGAUACCGAAUUUGAAGACCCUCUCAAUGCUUUCAAAACAGGUACUCUAGCAGCUGACUUAGCUCCUAGAUCGACGCUUGGCAGGAAACUGUAUGAUAAGAUCAGUCCUGAAAAUCGUUUUGGAAUAAGGCCUGGCUGGCGGUGGGACGGAGUUGACAGGUCAAAUGGAUUCGAGAACAAAUGGUUUAUGAAACAGAACGAAAUAAACGAGAGGAAAGUGCAAAGCUUCACAUUGCAAGAGGAUGAUUGA